GUAUCUAAUGUGCGUGAUAAAGUCCGAUAGUGAAAUAGAGAAAAUGGUGGUAUCGUGAACAUUUUCAGUUAUUCUUUAUAAUUAUUAUCAGAUAUAUCAGAGUGGAAAAUAAUUAAGUGCAAUAAUUCAAACUAAUUGCGACAGUAAAACGUGAAGGUUGACAAUAUUUUGGCUAAAUAAAAGUGCAUUCUAUAUUUCAUUGCAGAGGUUUGAGAAAUGACAGAGAUUAAAGUUCCGGAUGCAGGUGGCGCCACCAUGAACAUGGUGGACGUCGGAGGAUUCAUACAACCAAUCUUCCUUAAACCCGGAACGGAAAUAAAGGACAUUUUCGACAAUGUUCCGAAUUACAAGUUCCGGGACGACGAUCUAAUGCUUUGCACAUUUGCUAAAACAGGCACAAACUGGUUGUUUGAAAUACUAAUGAUGAUUUUAAACAAGUCUGCGAAGCGAAUAAAAACGAACAAAGUUUUAACAAUGCUAGAAUGUGUAACUGCUGCGGAGGCAGACCAGCAACCUUCACCGAGAGUUGUAAAUUGUCAUUUCCCGCCAAGAUUUCUUCCUCUGGCUGGUAUGAAGGAAAAGCAGAUCAAAACAGUCUUAUGUUUACGGAACCCAAAAGACACGGCUGUAUCGUAUUACAAUCAUAUGAAGGGUAUCAAAGUCUAUGGUUACGAUGGCAAAUGGGAAGACUGGUUACCAGUGUAUGUGCAAGGAAAAAUGGAAUAUGGGAGGUACAGUGAAUAUUUGUUGGAAUGGCAGCGCGAAGUACAGAAUGAUCCAGGAUUCCCUCUACACAUCAUGUUCUAUGAAGAUUUGAAAAUGAAUGGAAGAGAUGAGCUGGAUAAGUUAUUAAAGUUUCUCGACAUACAGCUAGAUGAACAACUGAAAAAUGAUAUCAUUGAUAUGUGUGGUUUUAAGAAAAUGGCAGAGGAGAAAGGAAAAGACAAAAUAAGUGAGGCUUUCAUCAAACCAGAUUUCAAAUUCUUCAGGAAAGGUCAAGUUGGUGACUGGAAGAAUUGGUUUACUGUUGCGCAAAAUGAAAUGUUUGAUAAAUGUUGGAAGAACGAAACAAAAGACCUAGAACUUUUGAAAUUCAAAUAUACUCACGAUUACGUAUGAUCUGUGUGAACAUUUGUUUAAAUGUCUCAACGAAUUUUGUCAGAGUUGUUUUAAAAAAAUUUAUUGUAUAAGGCCGCUAUAUAUUUUUACAGGAAGUUGCAAGUAAAUGCCUGGUAUGGAGA